GGAAAGCCUCAUGGGUCUUCUGGUAUCAUCAUUUAUCCAAUCCAACUUCGAGUCGCCGGAAACUUAAAAUUCCGGCGGGAACUUUUGAAAUUACGGCGUAAGCUUUUGAACUCGGCGAAAUUCCGGUCACUGGCAUCCGAUUUCCUUAGAUGACAAUAUCAGUUAGCGGGACCUGACUCAGAACUCAGACGAUUCACGGUGUCUAAAACGGCUAUGGACCGUUUCUGUUGGGUAACAGUUACAAUAUUUAUCUGCUUUUUUGCCAUUUCUGAAGGAAGAGAUCUUAAGAUCAAACAUGAGAAUCACUUCCCUAGUUACAAUCACACCCUUGCUCAGAUACUUGUAGAGUAUGCUUCUGCAGUGUAUAUGUCUGAUCUAACUGCACUCUUUACUUGGACCUGUUCAAGAUGCUGCACUGAUUUGACAGAGGGUUUCGAGAUGAUCGAGCUGGUUGUUGAUGUACAGCAUUGCUUACAAGCAUUUGUUGGGGUGGCUGACAAUAUAAAUGCGAUUGUCAUAGCAUUUAGAGGCACACAGGAGCACAGCUUGCAGAACUGGGUCGAAGAUCUGUUCUGGAAGCAGCUUGAUUUGGACUACCCAGGCAUGCCUGAUGCGAUGGUGCACCAUGGAUUUUAUGCUGCUUACCAUAACACAACCUUACGAUCCGGAAUCCUGAAUGCGGUCCAAAAAGCUCGGGAAUUGUAUAGGGAUAUACCGAUCAUGCUUACUGGACAUUCUAUGGGAGGGGCUUUGGCUUCCUUUUGCGCACUUGAUCUUGUGGUUAACUAUGGUGUAGAUAAUCUUCAACUUAUGACAUUUGGUCAGCCACGGAUUGGAAAUGCAGCUUUUGCUUCUUACUUCAGUAAACGAGUGCCAUAUAUGUUUCGAAUUACCAACGGACAUGAUAUUGUUCCACACUUACCUCCAUAUUAUGCUUACUUCCCCCAAAAAACAUACCAUCACUUCCCAAGAGAGGUCUGGCUUUAUGAUAUUGGCUAUGGAAGCCUAACGUACCUAGUGGAGAAGAUCUGUGAUGAAACCGGCGAGGACCCAGCCUGCAGCAGAUCAGUGACUGGCAAUAGCGUCUUGGAUCAUUUGAUGUACUUUGGAGUUCAUCUAAGUGCUGACACAUGGAACUCUUGUGGCUUUGUGAUGGAUGGACAAAUGAUCCAAACCAACACCACAGAUCUUAGGCCUGGUUUCGUAUUGUCGAGGGAUCCUGUUUCAUCAGUGUUGAAAUUGAAGACGCCAAAGAGUGGUCUUCUGUCCAGCCCUAUUUAGAAUGGUGGGUAAGGAUGGUGCCUGCCUCUCUCUCUCUCCAUGUUUGGUGGAGAAUUCAUGUAUUCUUCUCUUUCGAAAAUCAUCUGUAAAUAUGUUCUUGCUGAAAGGCCUUCAGUUACUGUCUUUAAGAAGAAGGGUUCUGUAUAGUUGUGCAAGCCAAUGCCUCUCCUUGUAAUUGAAUUUCUCAGCCAAAGGAAAAGUAUGGCCCGCUUCCCCCCUUGUUAGAUUUAUACUUUCGGAACUAGAUAUGAAGAUAUAGAAAACGGGUGAUGCAGAAGUUAUGCUGUUAUAACGGGUGUUUCAUCAUUUGCUGAAGCUAGGCUUGAUAGUGCAGUGUGCAUUAAGUUGUUAUAACGGGUCUUGCAGCGUUUUUUCAAGGGUGGGCUUGAGAGGAUUUGGUAUCCUUUAUGUGACUUUGUUAAACGUUGUGAAGAUGAAGUACUUUGAAAUAGCGA